UAUUAUAUAUUAUAUUUCCUCAUGAAUUCAACUUUUCUAUAUUCAAAUUAAUUUAAUGUUUUUUAAUGAUAUCAGAUAUCAUCACAAAAUACCUAUGAUAAUAUGAUAAUAUUUUUAUGUUUUCAAUCUAAAAUAAUUACAUUUCGUUUUAUAAAAUUUAAUUUAUAUAAAUUCAGUGUACAUAAUAUCUAUACUGAAAAUCAGAUAUCUACUUAAUUUACCACAGACCGAAUUCAUCAUAAGAAGUAAAUACUCAUUUAAAUUUAUAUAAAGUAUAAUUAUAAAUAAUUACUAAUCGCUAAAUGUCUAAACAUAAAAUAUCGUUAGUCAUUACAUAAUUUCUUUAACUAAUUAAUAGAAAUUUAACUAUAUGGUUAGUUAAUAAUUUUAAAAAUGUUCAUGAAUGAUUCUAUUUUCUUUUUAAGUUGUAUACAUUAUGUACAACUUAUUGUAACUGAUAUAAUUUGUAUGUAAUUUUUUAGAAUGAUUAAUUGUCUUAUAAUAUAUUUCCUGUCAUUCUAAAUAUGCAAUAUAUUUAUAUGUGAUUUAAUAUAAUGUAGAGUAUGCCAGUUUCAACUAUAGAAACAUUUUAAAUUCUUAAAUAAGAUUUAUAUUUGAUCUUGAAUAAAAUUAUAUUUUCUCUGUAUAAUGAUUAAAUUGUAAAUAUUUUAUUUUUUUAUAAUAAAUUAUACAUAUACUUACCUAUACAUUACACUGUAAAUUCUCAAUUAUACUUGAAAUUUUGGCCGGAGUGGUAAUCAUAGAUAAUUUGAAAUAGGCAAAAAAUUAACAUAAAAAUGUUUUUUACAUGUAUUAUUAUUAUUAUUAUUAUCAUUAACAUUUUAUUUUCUUACAAAAAAUCAUACAUUAUUUGUAUUUCUUAAACCAACUCAGUUUAGUGAAAGAUAAUUGAGUUUACUGUAUUAGAAAAAAAAUCAACCCUUAUAUCCCACAUAAUUUUUUUGAGAACGCUGAGAUUAUUAUUUUGAUAUUAAAUUGUUGGUAUUAUUCUUUUAAUAAUAAGGUCUAGUCAUGACAAUUCUCAAAAUUAAUAUUAACUAAGUAUUUAAUUGAGUCAUUAAUUGGUGUUGUGGCAUUUACUGUUGUCUUUACCCUAGAUAUCUGUACCUAACUUAACCAAGCUAUAACUAAUAAAAUGUUGAAACUGUAGGUAAUUUAAAAUAUUAAAUUACCAAAUUCUAAAUACAUUGAACCACAUUAUUAUGAUAAUAUCAUUAAAUUUAAAAAAAAAAAAACAAGUGGUAUUAUUUAUAUAUUUUAAUAUUUAAUAUGUGCCACAUUUACCAUACUGUCGAUGAUCCAACUAUUAUAUAUAUAUUAUACUUAUUAUUAGAAUUUAUAAUUUAAUUUUAAUCUCAUUUUUAGAUUAAUAACAAUGGAGAAAUCAAUUUUAGAAGAUUUAAACGAUUUAGGGAAACCCAUUUCUACUAAAGAAUUUAAAAAACUGAUUGCUGGAGGAGCCAAAUCCAUAAAGUAUACUCAACUAGUUGAAUGGAUAACAAAAGAAAUCCAGGUAUUAUCAGGACUAGAAGAAUAUGUAAAUGCUAUAAAUUCCGAAGCAGAUUCUAGUUCUUUUUUGUUAGAAGUAAGUAGUUUCUUAAAAGAAUGUGGCUGUUCUUAUAAAAUUCUUACUACAAGCAAUGUUGAAGAUCGUUUAAAUUCACAUGAAAAUAAGCUACUUCUAUUAGAUUUUUUAAUUGGUGAACUAAGAGCAUCCCGAAUAUUAAAUGUAAAUGCUGUUAAUAAAAAAUCUAAUAUGCAAGUGACAUUACUUGAAAGUUAUUCAUCUAAGUGUCUUAAAAACAUUUUAUUGACUUUAAAAUUUCCAAAGCCACCUCAAGAUAUAGAUGCUUCUUCUUUAUUUAAUAAACUUAAUAUUAAAUUACAAACAUUUUUAAAAACUGUUCCAUGUGCAUUAAUUGGAAAAUCAUUAGUAUGUAAUUCAUAUAGUAAUGAACAAUGGAAAUAUAUUAAUAACAUAAUAGAACUUCUUAAUGAAGAAUUUAAUAUACGGAGUAAAAUGUUAUUAACUAGACUUGAUGUAACAUUUCAAUCAUUUAAAUGGCCUGAUAGGCUGAAAAAUAAAAAUCAAGAAUUGGAAGAAAUUUAUCAAACCAAAUUAAAUCUAAUAAAUAAUCUACCCAGUUUUUCUAUAUCUGAUUUCCUACUAGCUAGAGAAGAUUUAAGGAUUGUCGAGAAAACGUCAAGUACUUUGGCUGUCUUAAAUACUAAUUCAUCAGUAAAUAAAGUAAUGAUUGGUCAAGUACCUGAUAGAGGUGGAAGAACAUGUGAUCAACAAGCUCCACCCCCAGAAAUGCCUAGUUGGCAGCAAAGAACGCAAUCGCAAGGUUAUGGUGGUGGUCAGCCAUCCAGAGGACAAUCUAAUAGUAGAGGAGGACAAUUUAAUAGUAGAGGAGGACAAUUUAACAGUGGAGAAGGUCGAGGUAGAGGUCAACAAAGCAGAGAUAAUAAUUUAUAUCGAAACUCUAAUAAUAUCGGUAAUCAAAGUGGAUUUAAUGUUUAUGAGGUGACUGAUGGAUUUCAAUCAAUCAGAGUUGAUAAUGAAAACAAAAAUUCUUAUCAAAAUAAUAGAUCAUGGCGUGUUCAAGGAGGCUGGAAUAAUAAUCAAUCAAGAGAUAAUCAAAGCAGUAGUUACGGAGGACAAAGUUCCUAUAAUACUUAUAAUCAAGGAUACCAUCAAAAUAAAGUUUUUGAUAACAAUAGAUUCCAAACCACAUCAAAUGAAAGACAAUGGAACCAAGGUUCUCAGAAUAUUUACGGAAGUAACCAAAAUGAUGGCAAUAGAGUAUACGAUCGAAAUGAUUUUGCAGAUGGAAAUAGACGUGGUUAUUCAAAAAGACGUAGAGGUCAAAAUGGACAGACAUAUUAUAAUCAACAGAGAAACAACUAGAACUGUUGAUUAAAAUAUGGUAUUAAUAAGAGGUUUUAUUAAGAUCUGAAAUUUAUUGUUUAUUCAUAGUCAAACUAUUAAUUUUCAUCAGACAAACAAGUUAUUAUAUUAUUAUAUAUUUAAAUAUACGAAUGUAUGAAAUUUAAUAUAAAUUCAUUGCUUUUAAACUAUUUUUUUUUUAUUUUCUGUUUUUUUUUAAUUUUU